AUGGCAGCACGGAAACUCGCAGCCCUCCUCGCCGCGAUUCUACAGCUUUGUUUAUGUCAAAUAACUCCGGAAAUCUUUCCAGAGUUCUUAGCUCCCUUGGAGAAUCAUACGGUAAUUCAGGGUCGUGACGUUUCCUUUACCUGUGUCGUUAAUCAUCUGCAACAAUACAAGGUGGCCUGGAUAAAGUCAGAUUCACGAGCAAUCCUAGCAAUACACACGCACCUAGUAACACAUAAUCCACGACUCUCGGUCACGCAUAAUGGUCACAACACGUGGAUGUUGCACGUGUCGAACGUUCAAAAGAACGAUUCAGGGGCCUACAUGUGCCAAGUGAACACAAAUCCUAUGAGAAGUCAGAAAGGAUACAUGGACGUGGUGAUACCCCCAGACAUCAUGGAUGAUGAAUCUGCUGAGGGUAUGGUAGCGCAAGAAGGCGGUAACAUAAGAUUAAGGUGCGUCGCGACCGGUUCACCAAAACCCACAGUCACGUGGAGACGAGAAGACGGCCGGAAUAUUAUUCUCAGGGAAGAUGGACAGAAACAAUCUAUAAAAUCUCACGUAGGCGAGACUCUGGAGUUGAGUGGCGUCCUCAGACAGGAGAUGGGCACGUAUCUUUGUAUUGCCAGCAACAAUGUACCUCCGACAGUCAGCAAACGUUAUUCGGUUGAAGUCACUUUUCAACCUGUUAUAAAAAUAACAAGUGAAUUAAUAGCUGCACCAUUCGACAGCAACGUUGUUCUUCAAUGUCACGUCGAAGCAUGUCCACGUGCAAUGAACACUUGGUAUAGGAAUACAGGGGAGAAAUUGUUACCCAGUGACAAGUAUGCGAUGUCAGAGUACUCUCUGAACGAUUACACUUGGCAGAUGAACCUCACUGUGAAUUCUUUGGAGAAAAAGGACUUUGGAGAAUACGUGUGCUCGUCUGUGAAUGCUAUGGGGAAGGCUGAAGGUGUCAUCAGCUUACAAGAGCUGCAUCUUGUCGCGGAAACCACCCCCAACACUUACGCGAAGAACACCAAACAAAAGUCCCGGAAGAUGCCAAUAUCCAAGGAGAAGAAGAAGAAACUCAACGGUAGGCGGAUACACAGCGGUGGUUCCGACGAUUUCGAUUCUCCAGGAAGCGACGACGACCUUGGUACAACUCAGAUUAUGGCUGGAAGUACCGUUCAGGAGGGCCACAGAACGGAAAGGCCGCUCGCUUUGCCAACAUUGUCGCCGCCAUGGGUGAUAGCAAGUGCUGCCAAUUCCAGGCAGUAUACGUUAUCAGUCACUGCAAUCCUCUUUUCGUUACUCCCCUCGACGAUGAUGUUUACUCUUUAA